AUGGUGGCCGGAGUGCGGGUUCAUGACGGGUUCGAGACGGUGCCGGAUCUGUGUCGCUCUCACUCUCUCGUCGCUGUUGGGUCAACUCGGGAACGAAGCGCUUCAAUUUUUGAUCCAUCAGGUUGGGUCAACUCGGGAACGAAGCGCUUCGAUUUUUUGUCCGAUAAUAUCCUCUGCUCCGACAACGAAUUCACCAACCAGGACGCUUCUACUGGUUCUAACUCUGGAUAUCUAAGGAGAUAUCAUCUCUUGAAGGACAGCUUCUUUCCAUGA